AUGGAAAGAGAAACUGACACACAGCGAACUAAAAGAGAAAAUGAAGGCAUUCAAAAGAUGGAGGAGUACUACAGCAGAAUAUUCCCAUCGUACAAAGAGAUCAUAGAAGCACUCAAAGAGCCUCUUCCAUGCACGUUUAGAGUCACUCCCGGGCCAUGGUCCUCGAUACUCAAAGAAGAGCUGAAGAACUACAAGCUAAUUCAAGAAGUCCCGUGGGGAGAGGGCAUCUACAAGAUAGAUCUGUCAAGAAAAGAUCUGAGCACCAGGGGAAUAAAAGGGAAUGCAAAGGCCCUAGACGUAGAUGAGCUCCAAAAGACCCAUCUAUUUUUGAAAAAUCACUCUGGCACAUCUGCAAUCACCAGGCAGGAGGCGGUGUCUAUGCUUCCUGUGUUCGCACUGGACGUGCAGCCAGACUCUUCGGUUCUCGACAUGUGUGCAUCCCCUGGCUCUAAGUCGUCGCAGAUACUGGAAAUUCUAUCAGAGGAAGGAACACUUAUAUGCAACGACAUAAACUCAAGACGAGUCGCUCAGUUGGUGAAACAAACUAAAAGAUUCAUGCAUCCUGGCCUCGUUAUAACGUGCAAUGAUGCAACAGUCUACCCCAGGUGCGGCAUCACUCCUGACAGAGUGCUGUGCGAUGUGCCCUGCUCGGGUGAUGGAACAAUCAGAAAAAACAGACACAUUUUUCAGAAGUGGGGGAUAAAAGAGUUCAUCGGGCUAUUUCAAGUGCAAAAAAGAAUACUCAAAAGAGGGCUGGAUAUGCUCUCUUCAGACGGCAUCCUCGUCUACUCUACGUGCUCACUGAAUCCUGUGGAGAAUGAGAUGGUUUUGCUAAGUGUGCUGGAAGAAAGACCGGAUGUGGAAAUAGUUCCAUUUGAGGUUGAAGGGCUAAUAAUGCACCCGGGCCUAGAAGAAAGCAAAAUAAUAGCAGCCCUUGAGUACGCAGACAUAGAGCUAAAGAUACAAAGGUGCAAGUACAGAGAAGACAUAAAGAACGCCAGAAGAAUUCUUCCAAUGGAUCAAAACACAGGAGGAUUCUUCAUAGCGAAACUCAAAAAAAAGACAAAAACAAAUGCAAUUCUAGAACAGAAGAAAGAAGCAAAUAGCACCAACUUAAUCAGAGGAGAGAAGAAUAUAGACGAGUCGUACUUUUACUGGGUAGACCAAGAGAGAAGAAAGAUAAUAGAGGAACAGUGGGGGAAGAGCGGCCUAUCCUUCAUAUCAAAGACCUUGCAUUUUAAGAAUGUGUAUGGAAUAACCAAUAAAUCGCUGGAGGUGCUUGUGAGGUCACCAGAGAAUCUGAGAAUAGUAUUCGCAGGAUGCCGGCUGUUCUCCGUCUUUGGCAGAGAGGAUAAGGAAAAGAUAGAGAAUAACAGGUGGAGAAUAACAUAUGAAGGCAUAAGAAAUCACAAAAUAAAAACAGAAAAAGUUCUAGAAGUUACCUCUUUGAGGCUUCUAGGCAUUCUUACUGACAGAGUGGACGAAGAAAUACAGAAAAAGUACAAAAAAGGGAUAUUUGUGCUCUCCGCAUCUGACGAGAACAUCGAAGUCGCAGUUCCCUUCACAUUCAACAAGUCGGAGAUAGAAGUGCUUGUAGAAAAAGACCAGAAAGAGGCGCUGAUCGAUGCUCUGAAGAUAAAAAUGUUCCAUAGAUCUAAGGAAACAGGAAAAACAGAAGAGGAGGAGUCUAAAGAAAACACACAAAGCGUAAAAGUAACGAGUAGCUAG